UUUAGGUUUUCACAUUUUAUAUCCUGCCCGUCUUUCAAAUGUUGUAGCGAAUAACUGUAUUUUUCUUAACAGACGGGCCCAUCUUAUGGCCGCAAGUUCAUGACUGGAUAUCUGUCUUCAAUGGGAGUGCAUGCAGGAGAAUGUCGAGUUGGGAAAAUCCUCAGAGAGAUUCAUCAGCCAUACCACGAAUUCCGACGUCAGGGUGCUCGUAAUCUAAAUCCCAUCCCGUAUCAUGCGGAAUAUAUGGGCCAUAAAAUUCACAUGGACCAAAACGAGAAGCUUGUGAUGUUUGGAGUGACACACGUCGUGGCAGUUGAUGGCUACAGCGGCAAAAUUGUUGCCAAUGCCACCAUGCCAGUGAAAAACAACCUUGUGAUUUAUGAGGAAGUUUACAGAUCUGCAGUGGUUAACCAUGGGAUGUGGGACCAACUCAGGGUCGACCAUGGCAGGGAGUUUUACAUGUGCUUGUACAUGCAAGAGAUGCUGUCAAGACAUAGACACAACCCUAGCAGGCCACCAUACCUUCAAACAACAUCAACAAGGAAUCUUCGAGUGGAAAGGAUUUGGCCCGAGGUGAACAAUCGCGUUAACUACCCAUUGAAACAGGCCCUGGUACACCUGCUGGACCAAGAAGUCCUCAACAUGGAGGACAAUAUGACUAAAUUCUGCAUUUCAAACCUGACAUGUCAAUUAAGCCAAAUUGGACUAGGCAGAGUGGUGCAAUCGUGGAAUGCACACAGGAUCCCAGGACGUGGGAUACCCAAUGAACUUGCAGCAGGUGGCUGUCCAGCUAAAAUCUCUGAAGAGCUGCUGCCCAAUGCCUCUGUUGUGGCAAACAUGUAUGAGCAAGAGUUUGGAUCCUCGCUAACUUGGGUGUCAGUUUUUGGAACUGACCCAUUUUCAUCUGAGGAGGAUAGAUGUCAUGCAGAACAAGACUUUGCAGAAAACUACCCUGACAUCUCUCUUCUUUUUAAUCAUGUGGUAAAUAAUGACUAUACACCUUUCCAAGAUGCCUUGUUGUACCUCAUAAAUGUCACCCAAAGAUAUGUCUGAAAACAGUAACUGAAAUGCAGUGGUGUUGUUAAGUAGCUAGGAAAACAGACUGUGUAUUGCUACAGUGCUGAUUCAAAGUUAGUCAGCCCUUUAUGCAGUUAUAGUUUUUAUAUAAAAUCUUAAUUGGCCUCCACACUGUUGGAAUCAAUUAUGGAUCGGUCUCAGUGUGCUUUGUUCUUUACUUCAUCAAACUAAUCAGUCUGCAUAGAGCCUCAAUUGAUACCCUCUUAAUUGUUGCACGUUUUACCAUAUGUUGGAUGAGA